AUGACCGAUGCAACUCUGCUGGAAAGGGGAGGAUACAAGGUUCUCGGGGUGUUGUGCAUAUCUAGGUCGCUGCUUUCCCAGAAAUCAGGUGGCAAAGAUGCCAACGGCAUGCACAAGGCGCUGAUUCAGAAUGCAUCUGGACAUAAAGUUGUUUAUUUCGUCGAUCCAAUAGACUUUGGAGCAGGAAGCAGGAUAUUUCUCAAGGAAAAUGCAAGCUCCCCGCUACUCAGAAGCACCAGCUACACCAUAACAUGCAAAAAGAGUUACAGAACAAAUACUCUAUUGGUAGAAAAGUUACUGCUCAGAAAUGCUGAAAAUAUGCAUGGAGUAAGGCCAUGA